CUUCACCAUAAACACUUACUCUCUUACUGAGUGUUGUGUGUGAGAAAGAGUGAUGUCGAGCCGACAAUCUGCAAGAGCUUCGAGACUCACCGAAGACGAGAUCAACCACCUCAUCUUCAAACUACAUGCAUCCUUGCAGCAUCACUCAAACUCAACAUGUAAUAAAAAGAGAUCGGCAGCAAAGAUUUUGAAAAGGACAUGCAAUUACAUAAAGAAACUGCAGAGGGAGGUGGAUGAUCUAAGUGAUCAACUUUCUCAACGUUUUGCUUCUGGAGAUAUCAAUGCAGCUGAUGCAGACAUCAUUACUAGACUUCUACAGCUUUAAUCAUUUUCUAUAUUACAAAACGUGUUUCAUCUUUUAAAUAAAUAUUCAUAAGUUCAUAUAUUAACUUGUAUUCUUAGUGCUAGAGUAUUUUAGAAGAAGUCAUUUGUAAUACAAGAUCCCGGUGUGUGUGGUGCUAUAUUUUUCGAGAAAAAAGAUUGAUGUUAUUGAGGUUUAAUGUAAUAUUUCAUGUUGAUAUGUUUAGA